ACACACCUCUUCCCCACCAAGGUCUCCCCUCCUGUGGCUUUCUGGCUCUGGCUGGAUUUGGCCUCAGCUGGCUUCUCUGGAGGCAGGGGGUCACGGGAACCCAGUACUGAGUCCUCUCUGGAACCCAGGUGGUUGUUUCAAGGAGGCAGGACAACAGGGAGUCAAAGAACCAAGGAACGGGAUGUAGCUCAGGACGUGGCAUGCAGGACUGGAGCUCAGGGGGACAGAAGUGCCCAGCAGGAUCUGAGUACAGGCUGGGGCCGUCCCCGCCUCCUUUCCUUCCUCUCUGCCCUCCCCACCUCACCAGCAGCCCCCACCCUGCACACUGGCCCGUGGAGCAGAAGCCACAGUGACUUCCUGAAGGCAGCAGCCCAGCCUCAGGUCCCUCUCGCCAGAGGCCCGACACCUGCCUGCAGACAUGGGGAGCCACCAGGACUUCCGGAGCCUCCAAGCAAAGUUCCAGGCAUCUCAGCCCGAGCCCAAUGAACUCCAUAAGAGAACCUCAAAGCCCGAGUUCAACAAACUCCUGAAGAAACUUCCGCAGCCUGAGCUAAGCGAGCACCCAAAGAAGCCUCCACAGCCCGAGUUCGCUGAUCUUCCCAAGAAGCCUCCACUGCCUCAAUUCUCUGAUCUCCCCAAAAAGCCCCAACCCUUCACAGAGGUCCCCAAGAAACCUCCACAACCCGAGUCCAUUGAGCUCCCCAAGAAGCCCCAACAACCCCAGUUCCCUGACCUCCCCAAGAAGCCCCAACAACCCCAGUUCCCUGACCUCCCCAAGAAGCCCCAGCAGCCCGAGUUCGCUGACCUCCCCAAGAAGCCCCAACAACCCCAGUUCCCUGACCUCCCCAAGAUGCCCCAGCAGCCCGAGUUGGCUGACCUCCCCAAGAUGCCCCAGCAGCCCCAAUUCGAUGACUUCCCCAAGAAACCUCCACAGCCCGAGUUCACUGACCUCCCCAAGAAGCCCUCCAAACCUGAGUUCAGUGAACUCUCCAGGAAGUUCCCACAGCUCAAGGCCACUCCACUGCCCAAAAAGCCCCAGCAGCCUGAGCUCAGCGAGGCCCCUAGGAAGGCCUCACAGCCAGAACCCAGUGCGCUUGCCCAGAAGCCCCUGAAACCUGAGCUCAGCACUCCUGCCAGGCACCCCUCAGAGCCCAAGUGCGGUGCUUUCCCCAGGAAGUUCCAGCAGCCCGAGUCCAGUGAGGCUCCUCUAAAGCCCCCACAGCCUGAGCUCAGUACGUCUCCCAAGAAACCUUCGCAGCCGGAGUUCACUGUAUACCCCAAGAAGCCCCCGCAGCCUCAGGUCGGUGGCCUCCCUAAGUCCCCAUUACAGCCUGAGUUCAGUGAAGCCCCUCAGACAUCCCCCUCCAAGCCUGAGUCCGGCGAGCCCCAACUUCACUCCCCGCAGCCCGACGUCAGUGCCUUUCCCAAGCCCCCACAGCCUGAGUUCACUGUAUACCCCAAGAAGCCCCCGCAGCCUCAGGCCGGGGGCCUCCCCGCGUUCCUGCCGCAGCCUGACUUCAGUGAGGCGGCUCAGACCAUCCCCUCCAAACCUGAGCCCAGCGAGCCCCUGCGCCUCUCCCCACCGCCAUUUCCCAAGAAGCCCCCACAGCCUCGGUUGAGUGAUCUGCCGAGAAAGCCACCGCAGCCCGAGUUUGGUGACCUAACCAGGACGUCCUCAGAGCCCGAGGUCUGUGUGCUUCCCAAGAGGCCACGGCAGCCCGAAUUGAAAGCCAUCUCCAAGAAGCCCCUGCUACCUGAUGUGGGGGGUCUUCCCAGGACAUCCUCGGAGCCCGAGUUCGGUUCUCUUCCCAGGAAGUUUCCACAGCCUGAAUGCAGAGGGCCAAUCCGGAAAUUUUCACAGCCCGAGCCCAACGCUCGGCUUAAGAAGCACCUGCAGCCCGAGUUCUUUGGUGAUCCUUCUAGAAAACCCCUGCUCCCUGGCUCCGUUUCUGAGAGCUCACUGCCUACAGCCAUUGCAGGCUCCAGCCCCCGGUUCCCGCUUAGCCCUGGGUACAGAGUGGCAGGGACACCCCACCAGAAGUCAGCAGGCUUUGCUCACAGUGGAGGGUCAAGGCUGAGCCUCAGACCUGGACGCCCUCCCCGGCGGAAGCCUCUGCCUCCCACCAGUAGCCUGGGACCCCCUCCAGCCAAACCUCCACUGCCCCCAGGCCCCAUGAAUAUCCAGAGCUUUUGGAGACCCUCAGCAGCAAACGCAGCUCUACGGAGGACUCGCUCUUCUGCCGGGAUCCACUUCCAGCCCCGGCAGCCUGAAAACAUCCCACAGGACCAGGACGAGAUCUAUGAGAUGUACGAUGACGUGGAGCCCAUGGACAACUCCAGGCCCAGUCCCAGCCCCAAGAGCAGAGAUGAAGUGCUGUCCACCCAGCAAGUAGCCAGGAGGCCGCCACAAGAACCAGAGUCCAGGAAGGAGAAGGCCCCCCAGCCACAGUCGUUGCCGACAACGGAUCCAAAGGUGCUAAAACAGAUCAGGAAGGCAGAGAAAGCUGAGAGGGAGUUCCGGAAGAAGUUCAAGUUUGAAGGGGAAAUUGUGGUUCACACGAAGAUGAUGAUCGAUCCUAACGCCAAGACCCGGCGUGGGGGCGGCAAGCACCUGGGGAUCCGGCGUGGGGAGAUCCUGGAGGUGAUUGAGUACACCAGCAGUGAGGAGAUGCUGUGCCGGGACCCCAAGGGGAAGUAUGGAUACGUGCCCAGAAUAGCUCUCCUGCCCCUGGAAACGGAAGUGUAUGAUGAUGUCGCCUUCUGGGACCCCCUGGAGAACCAACCAUUCCCCCGGGGACGGUAAGGCCCACAGGUGUGGGGCCCAGGACAGCCCACCAGCCCAGACACCGCGAAUCAGGAGCCCUGGAUUACAGCUUGGCAAAGUCAAAGAACUGCCCAAGCUCAUGAUGGGUCACAUAAAGUGCCUCUUUAUUUAAAGCAA